ACACCCUCAUCCUCCUCAUUCACACAUAUACUUAUCUUACCCUUCUUCCUCAUCAGCAAUGGCUCUUCUUUCCUCAUUUUCUAAGGUCUCCAUCCUUGCUUUGUCUCUGUCCCUCCUUGCUUUUUCUUCUCUGGCUCGUGAUUUUUCCAUUGUGGGUUACUCACCGGAGGACUUGACCUGCAUAGAUAAGCUCAUUGCUCGCUUUGAAUCAUGGGUGUCGAAACAUGGCAAAGUUUAUAAGAGCAUGGAAGAGAAGCUGCAUAGGUUUGAGGUGUUCAGAGAAAACUUGAAUCACAUUGAUGAGAGGAACAAGGAGGUGAGUAGCUACUGGCUUGGGUUGAAUGAGUUUGCAGACUUGAGCCACGAAGAGUUUAAGAGCAAGUACUUGGGAUUGAGAGCUGAGUUCCCCAGAAGUAGGGAUUAUUCUGGGGAAUUCAGGUAUAGAGAUGUUGCUGAUUUGCCGGAGUCUGUGGACUGGAGGAAGAAAGGAGCUGUUACCCAUGUCAAGAACCAAGGUGCAUGUGGUAGUUGUUGGGCAUUUUCAACAGUUGCUGCUGUUGAGGGCAUCAACCAGAUUGUGACAGGAAAUCUAACGACACUGUCAGAGCAAGAGUUGAUUGACUGUGACACAACCUUCAACAGUGGCUGCAAUGGAGGCUUGAUGGAUUAUGCAUUUGCCUUCAUAGCUUCUAAUGGUGGCCUACACAAGGAGGAUGAUUACCCAUAUCUAAUGGAGGAAGGCACUUGUGAGGAACAGAAGGAAGAUGUGGAUAUUGUGACAAUUAGUGGUUAUGAAGAUGUGCCAGAGAAGGAUGAAGAGAGUCUCUUGAAGGCACUCGCUCACCAGCCACUCAGUGUUGCUAUUGAGGCUUCAGGCAGAGAUUUCCAGUUUUACAGCGGGGGAGUAUUCAAUGGGCCUUGUGGAACUGAACUGGAUCAUGGAGUGGCUGCUGUGGGAUAUGGAUCAUCAAAGGGGUUGGAUUACAUCAUUGUGAAGAACUCAUGGGGACCAAAAUGGGGUGAGAAAGGGUACAUAAGGAUGAAGAGAAAUACAGGAAAAACUGAAGGGCUCUGUGGUAUCAACAAAAUGGCUUCUUACCCUACCAAAGAUAACUGAUCAAUCGUUCUGGGCUUCCCUGCUAAACAUAAAUGUCAUCAUUCAUUUUACCUAUGUUAACCCUUUAUAUUUCUCCUGCUGUUUUUUCUUUUUCCUUUUUGUUUUUCAUUGGAUUGGUGAAGCUUAAUUGUGUAAGCUACUGAUGUUCAUCAAUAAAAUUAUGGAAUUUCCAGACAA